AUGGCGGAAACUAAAAGUGAUGAAACAUCCGUGAAAUCAACACCUCAAAUUGAACUGAAAGGCGAAGAUAUUACUCCCAACAAGGAUGGAGGUGUUCUUAAAGAAAUUUUAAAAGAAGGGCAUGACAACGAACAACCAGCUGUUAAUGAUAAAGUGUCCGUUCAUUAUGUUGGAACAUUGCUCGAUGGAACAAAAUUUGAUUCAAGCAGAGAUCGAAAUGAAAAAUUUGAAUUUGAUCUUGGAAAAGGCAGUGUAAUUAAAGCUUGGGAUAUUGGUGUUGCAACGAUGAAACGAGGUGAAAUCUGUCGACUCAUAUGCAAGCCAGAAUAUGCCUAUGGUAAAGCUGGAAGUGGUGCAAAUAUACCACCAGAUUCAACACUUGUUUUUGAAAUUGAACUAUUCAAUUUUGUCGGCGAAGACAUUAGUGAAGCUAAAGAUCAAAGUGUAAUUCGACGUAUUUUGACCAAAGGCGACGAGUGGUCUCAUCCGAAUGAUGGUGCAAGCGUGGAAGUAUCAUUGAAAGGAACGUAUGAAGGAAGAGUGUUUGAUGAACGAACUGUUAGUUUUGUUAUGGGGGAAGGUGUUUUGAAAAAUAUCAUACCGGGAGUAGAACAUACGAUAACGAAAAUGCUUAAAAAUGAACGUUGUAAGAUUACUGUGAAAUCUAAAGCAGCUUGGGGUAAAGAUGGUGAAAAAACAUUUAAUAUUCCGCCACAUGCCAAUGUUGAAUAUGAAAUUCUAUUAAAAAGUUUCGAAAAGGCAAAAGAUUCAUGGCAAAUGAACGACAAUGAAAAACUUGAGCAAGCUGAAGUUUUAAAGAAAUCUGGUGCGUCACUGUUCAAGGAUGGUCAUUUUCGUGUUGCAUUGAAAAAGUAUUCAACAAUUGUUGAUUAUUUACAAAGUGCCAAUUUUGAAAGUGAUAAUGAUAAGGAUAAAUGUCGUCAGUUAAAAUUAACAUCACAUUCGAAUAUUGCACUAUGUAAUUUAAAAUUAGAACAAUACGUUGAGUGCAUUAAUGCAUGUGAAAAAGCAUUAGAAUUAGAUGGUCAAAAUGAAAAAUGUUUGUUUCGUCGUGGCGAAGCUUAUUUAGCAUUAAAUGACUUUGAUGUUGCCGUAAAAGAUUUUCAGGCUGUAUUAAAGAUAAAUCCAUCAAAUUCAGCUGCUAAACAACAAAUACAAAAAUGUCAAGAAAAAAUUAAAUUACAUACUGCGAAGGAAAAACGUUUAUAUGCCAAACUAUUUGAAAAACUAGCCGUGGAAAGAGAAAAAGAAGAGCUAAAAGAAAGCAAAAAGACGGCUGAAGCUGAUUCCAAGAAAAAUGUAGAAGCAGAAAAAGAACAUAAAACUACGAAUGGAGAACGAAAUGAUGCUGAGUCAUCUGCUACCGAUAAUACAUCCAAAAAAGAGUAA